AGACAAUCUAAUGCAUCUUUCCCUCUGAUCCUACUUCCAUUAUAGGAGUUAACUUUCACCAGAAGGUCAAGUCAAAUUGCCUCUUUUCUUUGUUCACGUUUGUGGUAUGUCGCGGCAUAGGAAAUGAAGGCGUCUGGAGGACCGCAGAAACUGCGGUUUACUGUACACUCUUUCUCGGGCGAGGACGCGGAUUACCCUGUACGAGAGCUUCUAUAUCACAGCCCUCAAACUCGGGGAUGGCAGUCGCCCAGGUUCUGCAAAUUCCCCCAGGAGAUUGUGCUGAGGCUCGAACAAACCUGCAAGGUGCAGCAAAUCCAGAUACUCUCCCAUGAGUACAAGAUCGCAACUCGAGUAGAGGUCUUCGUUGGGGCCCCGGAGAACGUACUGGACGCCGAACCCAACAGCUGCGUUUUCAAGCGGCUGGGCUACCUGUCUUUCGACAGCAACGAGCGCAGCAACCAUCAAGCGCGUGAGCUGAAGAGCGUGCAUGUGAACGUUCAGGCGUUCCUCAUACGCCUAGUCAUCCACCGCUGCCAUGUCAACAAGCUCAACAUCUACAACCAGGUCGGCAUCAUCGCCCUCAACCUCAUCGGCGAGCGCGCCAGCCCGCCGCCCGAGGGCCCCCCCGGCUUCCUGCAGCUGCACCCCGCCAUUCCCUCCGCGCAGCCCUACUACAACGCCGCCGCAGCGGACAUGGCGGACGUGAACCUGGACCUGCAUGUGGACACGGUGACGGCAAUGAAGAUACGGGAGCUGGCGCGGCAGAAGGAUGAGGCGGUGGCGCGGGAGGACUAUGAUACGGCGAAGAUGCUCAAGGCCAGCAUCGAGCGGCUCAAAGUCGUGGGCCAGAAGAUCGCGCAGCUGGAAGCCCGCAAGCGAGCAGCCGUGGAGAAGGAGGACUACGACACCGCCAAAGCCAUCAAGGCCGACAUUGACAAGCUGCGAGCCGCAGGCGAGGGUGCAGCCAUGGCGCCGGUGCCUGGGGGGUCCGGGAUCAGCGGCGGCGGCGCCGCUAACGGCGGCAAGAACCCGGAUGACAUCUUUAACCGGGUGCUGGGGAAGAAACCCUCAAUGGGAGCCGGUGGUGGUGCGGGGCAGCCGCCCAUGAUGCAGCUGCCGUUUGACGAGCAGCCGGUGGGGCGAGCGAGCUCCAAUGCGGGUCUGGGGCGGCCGAUUAGCGCUGUGGCGUCGUCGGCGCAUGGAGGGGGUGGAGGAGGGUCGCAACCGGGAUCGCCUGGGCCGGGAGGGCCGACAAUCAUCGAGGUGGACGAUGAGGACACCUACAACCCCGGGCCGCUCACCCGCCAGAGCGGCAUGUCCGCAACAGCAGCCGGCAUGGGCAUGGGGGGCAUGGGCAACAAUCGCCACCAGCAGUACGACGAGCGGCCUGCCAUGGGUCGCGGCCGCUACACCCCCAGCGAGGAGCAGAUGGCUGCGGCGGCCUCCCGCAGACAGAUGGAGGAGGAGGCGCCCGUUCAGGAUGGCGUGCCGGCGCCGGAGGACUGGCCUGGGGACCUGCCGGUGCCGGAGCCUAUGCCUAGCGGCGCCCCCAAGGAGGCCGAGCAGCUGGAGGAGCUGGCAGGGGAGUACGUGGCGCGUGCCUUCAUGUCCAAGAACUGGCAGCUGAGGGACGCGGCGCUGACCUGGCUAGCAAACAAGGUAUCCGCCGGCGGCUUCGAGGGCAAGCAGGAGGCUUUCCGUGCGGUUGUGCGCGUUGCUGUUCGCGGCAUGAAGGACAAGGUCGCCAACGUGUACCUCUCCUCGCUGGCGCUGCUGCCGGCGCUGGUGGAUAGCGGGCUGGCGGGGGGCAGCGGGCGGGAGGUGGAGGCCAUGGCGGAGGCGGUGCUGCCGCUGCUGCUGGAAAAGCUGGGGGACAACAAUGCGAGGAUGAGGGACGCCAGUAAGGAGAGCAUCAUGCUGCUGGCCAGCAUCAAGGAGGCCCAGCUGGCCGCCCACACCAGCAUCUUCGUGCGACCUAUCAAGAACCAGAGCGCCUGGAGGCCGGUGCUGGGCAUCCUGCAGCUGCUCAGGGACCUGGUCCCCCAGGUUGGCAUCUCCCGCAACGGCGACGGCUUCGAGCUGAACGAGUUGAUGGAGUUCGUGGGUCGCGCCUUCAACUCGCCCAACGCCGACGUGCGCAGCGAGGCGGUGCGGGUGACGCGAGAGGUGUACGACCUGGUGGGCCCUGCGAUACGCAAGUGCAUGCCCAAGGACAUUAACCCUAAGAUCAGGGAGCAGGUAGACGCCGUACUGGGGGGCGGGGAGCCGCCCGCACCGCCGCCACCGCCGCCUGCCGCCGCCGCGCGAUCCGCCGCCUCCGGCACCUCCUCCGCCGCGGCCCGAUCCGCUGCGUCUGGUGCCAGCAAGCCGCCUGCCGCUGGGAAAGGCAGCAGUUCCACAGCUGGGAAGGCCGCCGCGGCUCAACCGCCGCCGCCGCCUCCACCGCCGCCGAUUGCGCCCGACGACGCAACGGCUUUCGAGGCUGAGUUGGCUAGUCGCGAGGAGACGCUGGGUCCCGACCACCCAGACGUGGCAGAGUCCUGCUCCAACCUCGCCAUCCUGUACAACCAGAAGGGCGAGUACGAACGUGCGUUGCCGCUGUACGAACGAGCGUUACGGAUCUACGAGCAGCACUACGGCAAGAACCACCCGGAGGUGGCGCACACGCUCACGGAUCUGGCGGUGCUGCACCUGGAGCAGGGUCGCGAGGAUGUGGGUCGGCCGCUGCUUGAGCGCGCGCUAGUGAUUCAGGAGGCGGCGCUGGGGCCAGACCACCCGGACGUGCUGGCAAUCAAGGACGUGCUCAACUCGGAAUAGGAGAUAGGAUAGGCGGGGGUGCACGUCUUUGCUCUACAUUAUAUGAGGCUAAGAUUUAUAGGGCCCUGAAUGGGUGGCGCUCUCCUCCUCGCCUGGCUAGGAGACAGGCCUUCCCUUGCCGUAUGUGCCUGGGCUAUAGGUCCGGGUAGUGUGUAGUGCUGGCAGUGACUAAGGACGCGUGCUCGACUUGGGAGUGUAGGGCAGUGUAGGGCAGGGAGGUACCGAUACUCGGGGUAAGGGUGCUCGUAGGGUGGGGGUCAGGAACAGGCCAUGAGGAGGAGGGCUGUGCAAUGAGAGUAGAAACUACCGUAGGACUGGUAGAGGUUUCAAGGAGCCAUGCAAACAUGAGGGCGAGUGGAGGUGGCUAGUGAGAGGGGUUCGAGACGCGUGGUGCGCUUCUCUAGCCUCUAGAGGACCAGGGGGCUGCUCUUGCCGUGAGGAGACUGGUGAGGCAAGAGGGGUCAGAGACUCAAGAGUCAGCAUGCAGCAGACCACGGGGAAGGGGCCUAGUCAGGGCUGCCUAGCUUCCAUAUCAACACUAAAGAAGCGCGGGGGAGGGGGUCCAGCGCGUGUGUGAUUGCGUGCGGCAUGGCAGCGGUGGUGGUAGGCUUGGCACCAUGCGAGGCGGGAGUGGCGAUGCUGGUGCCGUCCUAAGGGCAAGAAAGAGUGUCUAGAGGGUAGGGAGUCCUGCGGGUACGUCCCCCUUAUCGCUGUCAGUCAGCGUAAGUUGCAAGCGCCAUUGUGCA